AUGUCAGAAGAGGACGAAAUCACCAAACUGCUUGCCGGCACAGGAGGCGGUUUGAAGUCGUUGAUUCCAGAAAAUUUGAGUGGUGCCGAUGCCAUCAAACACGCAGACGAUGCUGUGGACUUUGAGGGCGAGGACGAGCUCGCAGAUGACGACGAUGACGAUCUGUUUGGAGCCGACGACGACUUGGCCGGUGGCGAGCCGAUCGAAGGCGACGAAGAAGAUCCAAAUGACUGGACAAAGUCUUUUACUGCUGAAUUGGUUGGCGAAGAAGAUCUAGACGUCGAAAUGGACGAUGCCCCCGAGGAGCCCCAAGUCGACCAGGAGGAAGUCAAAAGACAGUUGCUCAAGCUUUAUUAUCCUGAUUUUGAACCCCACCAGAUCCUUAAAAUGAACACUCUGUUCAGCCCAAAGCCUGCGGAGCUCACGAUUUCGCAACCUCGUAUUUUGCGUCCCUGUGUGCCCAGCCAGCUCCGCCUGGAUGUCGAGCCCGACUAUCGUAGUUUGUUCAAGACCGCUACAAUGCGUCCACCGCAACGCAGUGGUAUUGUCACAAUUGAAAGCAAGGAAGUUCCAACCACUAUUGACGCGUCUGAGGGCCCCGAUGAUUCUGCUUUGCCUGGUGACUCAAAUCUUGACUCUGCGGCAGCAGACUGGGACAAACUGCUGGAAAUCGGAGACAAAGAUGCUCCUGAUACCCCUAUGGAUGAUGUCAAUCCACAAGAUAUUAAUAUUUAUUUGGACGAAGUCUAUAACAGUGAAGACGAGGCUGCUAUUUUGGAUGGAUCUUAUCAACUGGCUAAACCCAAGGUGCAGAUCAACAUGAACGAUCCUCAUCUUUUGUUUGUGAACCACCGUUCUAAUGGUCCGGUGUUUACUCGUCAAACUUCGCUGCAGAGCCGUUACAAUAUUUCCAACGAUCAGGCUUAUGAAUUACUCAAAGAAAACUAUCAAAACAAGGUUCGCUCCACUAUUGGCAAUCUCAACAUUGACCAUUCUUUGGUCGCCUUGCGUUUGCAGUCACCGUUUUACAAGGUGCGGCUUUCCAAGGCCCAAACUCGAUCGUGGCAUCGUCCGAAAUUCAAUGUCAAGCCCGGUCAAGUCAUUACAUUUUUGCCCCCAAAGUCGCGCAAAAAGAAGAAAGACAAGGGGAAACCCAUUUCUCAGCUUCUUGCAAAGUCCAGUGAUUUGACGUUGGGUGACAACGCUCCUUUCUUCCUUAUCGAAUACUGCGAGGAAUUCCCAUUGGUUCUUUCCAAUGUCGGCAUGGGGUCCAAGCUUAUCAACUAUUAUCGCAAAAAGACUCCAGAGGAUACAAAUCGUCCUAAAUUAGCCAUUGGUGAAACACAUGUCCUCGAUGUGCAAGAUCGCAGUGCGUUCUGGAAUUUUGGUUUUGUUGAACCUGGAAAUGUUGUGCCAACUCUCUACAACCAGCUUAUUCGUGCACCUAUUUUCCAACAUGACCCCCGCAAAACUGACUUUUUACUUGUGCGAAGUACAACCAAGGCACGAGGACAGCGGUACUUUUUACGACAAAUCCCUUAUUUGUUUGUCGCCGGUCAAACUUUCCCUGUAACCCUGAUUCCGGGUCCGCACUCUCGUAAGGUCACUACUGCAUCCAAAAACAGAUUAAAAAUGAUCGUUUACCGAGUACUCAACAAGGAUGCCAACCAGCGUCUUCAGGUCCGCGAUAUUUCUGCACAUUUCCCCGAUCAAAAUGACAUGCAAAAUCGCCAGCGUCUAAAGGAGUUUAUGGAAUACCAGCGGUCUGGUAAAGAUCAGGGGUUCUGGAAGGUCAAACAGGGUAAUGAUUUGCCCAAUGAGGAGGCGAUUCGAAACAUGAUUGCUCCUGAGGAUAUUGCUCUGCUUGAGGCAAUGCAAGUCGGCCAACAGCACCUAGAGGAUUCUGGUUACGGAAAGACAGUAGACGAUGAUCGGGAUGACGAUGGUAUGAGUUUGGAAGAACAACUUGCACCUUGGAAUAUUUCACGAAACUUUAUCAAUGCCAUUCAAGGCAAAGCUAUGUUGCAAUUGCAUGGUGAUGGCGAUCCUACUGCUCGUGGUGAGGGUUUCAGUUUCCUGCGGACAUCUAUGAAAGGUGGUUUCAAGGCCGCUAAUGAAGACAAAGUGGACAAAUCGAAACUAGGCGGACACAGUUACAAUGUGGCUUUGCAACAACGAUCAUAUGAUGAGGAAAUCAAACGCGUGUGGUAUGCCCAGGCAAAGAGCCUCAGAGUCACUGAUCCACGUCAACUACCUGCCGAAAACCACCCUCGCCAAGAGACUCCUGUCGCAGAAGAAGACGAUGGGGUUACUGGUCAGAAUGUGCUGCGUAUAACUCGAAUGAUCAAAGACGAGAAUGACGUUCUGGUUCGCAAAACUGAAAUCGUCACUGACGCCAAUGUGAUUCGUGCCUAUGUCAAACGUCGCCAAGGCUUGGAAGAUGCACAACGCGCCCCUGACAAAAUCAGCGUUACGGAGGACGUUCAGCUUAACAAGCGGAAUCGUAAAAUCCUUGAGGAAGAGCUGGCUCGGUUACAGCGCAACAAGGAUAGGCGUAAUGCCCGCAAAGCCACCAAGGGCGAUGUCAAAACUGGACAGAAAAUCAAAUCAACUACCCGCAAGUGUGCUACAUGCGGUGCUGUUGGUCAUAUUAAAACCAACAAGUCAUGUCCCAUGUACAAUGAUAUUUACACCGGCGGUGGAACUGCAUCAGCAGAUGCGAAUGUUCCUGUUUCAUUGCCACAAUUGCCUUAA